AGUUUGGAAGCAGCCCCUUCUUUCGCUCCUCUCAUACCAUUUUGACGGGUGCCACGGAGAUAAUAGUCACGAUCUUCCUCCACUUGGACAUAAUCAACCUCAACGAAUCCUUCCUUCCAUCCCUCGUCCUCCCCACCCUCCUCCUUUAGUCCGCUCAACCCGCACCCCCCCCCCUUAUCCUUGUCUUGUCUUCUCGUGUCAAUCGCAUUGUCAGACCACAAGAUGAACGCUUCACUUCCCUCGUGGAAGGACCGGUCGCAAGGCCAAUUUGGGAAGCUCCAGCUACAAGUUCCAUGGCGCUCGAUCCAGCUGCUGGUGCCUCACCGGAUGCGACGGAAGCUUCGAUCCAAGUUGCGCAGCCGGGUGUCCCCUUCGUCCUCGAUCGCGUCCCUACAAACCUCCUUCUCACCCAUGGACACGCUGCGGUCGCUCCAAGGUCAUCGCUGGACUCUCUACGACUUCCAAUACCUUCUCUUGCUGAUCGUCGGCAUCUUCUCCCUCACCAUCAUCGAAUCCGCUGAACCUUUGACCAAGACGGGCAUCUUCACCCUGCUCAUCUUCUCCCUGCUGCUGCCCAUCACCCGCCAGUUCUUCCUCCCUUUUCUUCCCAUCGCCGGGUGGCUGCUUUUCUUCUACGCCUGCCAGUUUAUCCCUAGCGAAUGGCGUCCAGCUAUCUGGGUCCGCGUGCUUCCGGCUCUGGAAAACAUCCUCUACGGAGCUAAUAUCAGCAACAUCUUGUCCGCCCAUCAGAAUGUCGUUCUUGACGUGCUGGCCUGGAUCCCUUACGGCCUGUGUCACUACGGCGCCCCCUUUGUCGUCUCGCUCAUCAUGUUCAUCUUCGGUCCCCCGGGAACCGUGCCUCUGUUUGCUCGCACGUUUGGAUACAUGAGCAUGUUUGCCGUCACCAUCCAGCUCUUCUUCCCAUGCUCGCCCCCGUGGUACGAGAAUCUCUACGGUCUGGCCCCCGCCGACUACUCGAUGCAGGGGAACCCCGCCGGACUCGCGCGCAUUGACGCGCUGCUCGGCAUUGACUUGUACACUUCCAACUUCCGCCAGUCGCCUGUCGUCUUUGGCGCCUUCCCUUCCCUCCACGCCGCCGACUCGACCCUCGCUGCCCUCUUCAUGAGCCAUGUGUUCCCCCGCCUCAAGCCUCUCUUCGUCAUCUACACCCUCUGGAUGUGGUGGGCCACCAUGUACCUGUCCCACCAUUACGCAGUCGAUCUGGUCAGCGGUGGCCUGAUCGCCGCCGUCUCAUUCUACUUUGCCCAGACCCGUUUCUUGCCUCGCGUCCAAAUGGAUAAGAUGUUCCGCUGGGAUUACGACUACGUGGAAGUGGGCGAUUCUCACACCGAUUUCGGCUAUGACCUCGCCAGUCUGGAUGGUGACCUCCAGCUCGACAACGACGAGUGGGCUAUGGGCUCCUCCUCAUCUGUAUCCUCGGGGUCGUUAAGCCCCGUGGACGAUCACUACACGUGGGAAGGCGAGACCUUGACAUCCAACUCAGAUCUCGAGUCCGGGCGACAAUAAUCGAUUCGACUUGACUAUAUAAGUCAGGUUGAUUCAACCCCCCCCCCCCCCUUUUUUUUUCUAUUUUUCUUUGUUUUCGACCAACUUUUCUUUCAGCAUCCAUCCAGCCAGAAAAAAAAACGGCUUUUAAUGUGUUCAUGACGUUUCGGACCUUGAUUGCAUUGGGCAGGAUUCGACAUAAUUUUUUCUAAUGAGCUUUCCCCCUCUUCCGUUUGGUAUUACCGAGCGGAUUCUUUCUCUUUCGACUGUACAUGCAUACGAUACUGCACACGACCGGGUUUACCAUAAUUCGUCUCUAAGUCAUCGACCUUUCAGCUCUCCGUUCAUAAUGCUAAUACCGGUGUGGACUUAAGAACUUCCGUCCCAUCGUUGGAGACAU